ACACACACAGAGGUCAUGGUUGGUCAAGGCCAAAGAUAGGCCAGGCCUGGUGAAGUGCCCAUCACACUCACACAUUGUUCUGUGUCCAGCUGUGCCUUGUUCUUCUGUGGGCUGAGAUGACGACAGAAACGAGUGAGUGGGUGGAGAGAGAGAGAGAGAGAGAGAGAGAGGAACAGAGAGAGAGGGUCUCUGACACUCAGUGCUGUAUUCUCAUCAUUCCACGUUAGCAUCUCAAUGUGUGAAGCCUGAGGAAUUGCCUCUUUUGAUAGAGCCUGAGCAGAAACUCCACAUACCAGGAUGCAGUGGUGCAGGUGGGCCGGCGGUUGGAAAUCACACCUGCCGGGACAGUCCACAGCGCCGGAGCAUGAGGACUCCUUUGACUUUUUGUUUAAAAUCAUCCUGGUCGGAGACUCGGACGUGGGGAAGACCUGCGUGGUCCAGAGCUUCAAGUCUGGCAUAUUUGUGGAGAAGCAGCAGAACACCAUCGGGGUGGAUUUCACCGUCCGCACCCUGGACAUUGAUGGCAAGAAGGUGAAGAUGCAGGUGUGGGACACGGCGGGGCAGGAGCGCUUCCGCACCAUAACCCAGAGUUACUACCGCAGUGCCCACGGAGCGAUGGUGGCCUAUGACAUAACACGGCGCUCCACAUUUGAAUCUGUGCCGCACUGGAUCCAGGAGGUGGAGCAGUAUGGAGCUGCCAGUGUAGUGCUCAUUCUCAUAGGUAACAAGUCCGACCUGCACGCUCAGAGGCAGGUGCUGUUCGAGGACGCCUGCACGCUGGCAGAAAACAAGGGCGUUCUGGCUGCUCUGGAAACCUCAGCCAAGGAGGCCCAGAACGUGGACGCGGCCUUCACCCUCAUGGCCCGGGAGCUGCUGGCCCGGAACGGCCUGACGGUCCAAGACGAGGUGUCCGAGGACUCGCCUCACUUCAUACUGGGCAACAACUCCCACCCGAUCCACGGCAACGUCGCCUCCGAGAAAAAGUGUGGCUGCUGAGGGAACUGAAGCUGCUCAAAAAUGUACUGGCAGCCUGGAAACUCACUGUCCGAGUCCGUGUAUGUGUGUGUGUGUGUGCGUGUGUGUGAGUGUGUGUAGGUGACAAGUUUCUCUAUGAUGACGGAGUGUGAUGUAAAUGAAACAAGUUACAGAGGAAAUCAAACUAUUUGUGUGACACAGUGUGUGAGAAUGGAAGUUUUGUAGAUUUUUUUCAGAUGUACAAGACUAUCGUUAUGUGCAUUUUCCUAAUUAUAUCAUCUAACUUUAAUAGAAUCAGUGUACAACAGGUUUCAAAUGGCAGUUGUUUAUUAAACUUUUGUAAUAUCCAUUCAGCCAUAAGUAUUUGCUGCUGUAGGGUUCUGUGCUAAUGUGAUAUGAUAUACAGUCUAUGUGUCCACUUGAAAAACAUUGCCUUCCAUCUUUUUAAUGGCUCUGUCAUACAGUUUGAACAGUAUAUUCCAGUUUUAAACCUGCCAUUUGCAAACUUUACAUUGUUACAGCUGUCAGUUACAGACAUCCAUGGAUUUGAACAUAUCACACCAGCACCGUAUAGACUUUUAUCUGGUGCCAUAACUUUAAUUAAACAUCUUCUCCCAACAAAUCUGCCAACAAAAAA